AUGACUAUUAAAGAUAUACAUCCAUCAUCUACUAUACUACCACCUGAAUAUUCAAAAUCAUCAGAAAUACUACCUAAUUAUAAUUCAUCAUUAAACUAUUAUGGUUUAGCAAUAUUAAAAAUAGAAUUCAAUACUCCAUAUCAUUAUAAUAAUAGUAAUAGAUCUUGGAAACCUGUAUUAUUACAUAUGAAUUCAACCCAAUUAAAUAUUUAUAAUUUAAAAUGUGAUAAAAAAUUAAAAGAUUUAAUUAUAAAUUUAUAUUUUGAAUUAAAUAAUUUAAAUCAAUUAACAAUUGAUGUUAAUAAUGAAUUUAAAAUUAAAAAUGGAAUUGAUUUUAAUAGUUUUAGUAACUUAAAUAAUAAUGAUUUAGAUGAUAUAUUUGCAGGUGAUGCUUAUGGAGGAAAUAAUAUAAACUUACUAGAUUCAAAUAAUAAUGGAUUUUUUUCAUCAUCAUCUUCUUCAUCAUUACUUAAUCAAACAAAUUUUGAUAAAUUUAAAACAAAAAUAAAAAACAAUAAAAAUAAAAAAAUACUAUCAAAUAUAAGUCAAUAUUAUGAUAUUUUAAAAGAUAAUCGAUUAUUAUUUGAAGCAAGUGAUAACGAAACUUCAACAUUCAAAAAUCUAAAAGGUACAUUAUUAAAUUCUUAUAGUUUAAAUAAUUUACAAAUUGGUGAAGCUCCAUCAUUAAAUCAAUUAAUUUCAGCAAUGUAUAAAGAAGAUACAAAUUUAUCAUCAUCAAUUCAAACUUCAUCAUUAGUUAAAUAUAAAAAUUGUUUAAGAUUAAGAAUUGAAUAUAAACAAAUUUUAUUACAAUUUUGGUCUUUUAAUUCAAUGAUUAAUUGGUUUAGAAAUUUAUCAAUUGGUAAAGAUUUAAGUUUACCUUUGGAAUUUAGAACUAUAACUAAAUUGAAAUCUAUACCUUCAAGAUAUUCAAAUAGAAAUAAUGCUUUGUUAGCCGCAACUGCUGCAGCUGCAAAUCAUGGUAGAUAUUCAAUAUCAUCAAGUUCGGAUGAAGUGCAUGAGGAGAGAUCACAUUUUUUAAGCUUUAAAGAUUCAGUUAAUUCUGACAUUUUCAGUUCAACUACAUCUAUUGAAGAAGAUUCUAUAUUUGAGAAUAGAAGAGAAUCAAUAAAUUCAGCAACAUCAUCAACUACUUCAUCAUCACUUGAAAUAUCAAAAUCAAUUCCUCAACAUAUUACCAUAAACAACUAUGACUUUAUAACACAAGAUUUCAAAUAUUCAACAAUUGAAAAACAAUAUAUAUCAAAUUGUAUACCAGAUUUAAAUUCUUUUGAUAAAUGGAAUGGAAAAUUAUGUACAAUAAGUAAUGUUGAAUUUUUUAUAAAAGAUGAUAAGAACCUAAAUGAAAAAGAUUUAUUUGUAAGUUAUGCUUUUUUAAAUGAUUUAGUUUUAUCUUUUGAUAAAAAAUUUCAAAAUCAAUCAAUUAAAAAACCAAGUUCUACAAAGACAUUUUUAAUUCAUCAAAGUGGUUUAGUUGGUGUAAAUUGA